AUGAAUGAAUUUACUCACAAACUGAACCCUAACCCUAUCAAAAUAUCUAAAACCAUCGCUCGAAACUCGAAAACCUCUUUUGCAACCGCAAAUCUCACAAACCUCCACAUGAAUCUCCAAUCGAAGUGCCCUCUCAUCAUGUCACCAUCAUCAUCACCGGUUUUCAUUCCGCACGAUCUUAUCAUCGAGGUGCUUUCCCUUCUUCCGGUAAAAUCAGUCAUUCGAUUGAUGUGCAUGAGUAAGACAUUCCACUCUCUUGUCUCUGAUCCCACCUUUGUCAAAUUGCAUCUUCAUAGAUCUGCACGAACUCAAGACGUCUCACUUAUAUCCAACUCCGAAGGCCAUGACGCCACCUUAAACGUUGUUAGUCUAUCUCAUAAUCCUUCAAUUCGUUUCACCCUUCCAAAUGAUCCUUUCUUUCAAAACAACUAUAAAGAUUGUUUCUAUAUAGUUGGUUCCUGCAAUGGAUUACUCUGUUUGGGUCAUAAAGUUAAUGGUAACCGUAAAAAGAUGAGCCUUCGUUUUUGGAACCCCGCAACGAGGACAUUGUCGUAUAAAUUACGAAUCACUGGUGAUGGUAGACUUUAUAAUUUGACUUUUGGUUAUGAUAGUUCAAGCAACACUUAUAAGCUGGUGCAUUUCAUUAAUCGUAAAACGGAGGUAAAAGUUCUCAAUUUGGGCGAUAAUGUUUGGAGAAAUAUUCAAAAUUCACCUAGCUCUCAUUAUUUGGCAAUGCAGUUUGUGCAUCUGAGUGAUAGUGUUAUUUGGUUGGCAGUAGGCAAUUUCCCCUCUCCUCGUCCUUAUAAUUAUGAGAAUAUUACUAUAGAACAAUUUGCGGCUAUUUCCCUUGAUUUGGGCACGGAGACACAUACUAGGUUGUCUCUUCCGCAAGGUUUCAUUGAAGUGCCAUUUGUAGAACCACAUCUAAGUGUGUUAAAGGACUCUCUUUGUUUUUCUCAUGAUUUCAAACAAACUCAUUUUGUUAUAUGGCAAAUGAAGGAAUUCGGAGUUGCAGAAUCUUGGACACAGCUAUUUAAAAUCAAAUAUUAUAAUCUUCAAAUAUAUAAUGACUUGCAGUUUAGGUGGAUUCCAUUAUGCAUGUCUGAGAAGAGUGAUACUCUAUUACUGACAAAUCCAAACACUGCAAUUCUCUAUAAUUGGAGAUGUAACAAAUCAGAGAGUAUUGAUAAACCUUGGAGGUUCCGUUACCAUUAUUACACUGAAAGCUUGGUUUCAUAUAGCUUGGUUUCAUAUUGCCUUCAAAGGUGCAGAUCUUUGGAUGGAGACUGCUAA